UUGCUGGGUGUAGUGCCGCUCGUCCUCACCAUCCCCAACAUUGCUGCAGUCACAUCCCCUCGCUACUCCAAGAUGGAGGAGCGCGCGACCGGUGAGAGCAACAAGGACAAGAAGUACGUUCUCUACACGGUGGUGGGCGACGACAGGCCACGUGCCUCUCCUGCCGCCCUUUUAACUCGAGUAUUGUUGUCAUGCCUUCUGGUGGUGGCACUGGCCGUGGUGCCCUACGUGUCCCUGCGCCUCGCACAAGCUAACAGCCGUACGCUAGUCGUCUUCCAGCCUGUGCCUAUCCACAACAGGAGCGCAGUCCACCGCUUGCAGUCCUCACCCACCAAAGAGGUUCAACUCAUGCAGGUAGCCGACCUGAAGCUUGAAAAUGCCACACUAGCUUCUGAAAACGACACUUCUGCGUCCACGGAGUUUACUAAAUUUCCAAUAGUAGUUACUAAUGCGACGAUAGUCGCUUUCCUCCAGCAGAACUCAACCACCUCUGCAUCGACUAACUCGACUUCUCUGGAAAUGAACGGCACUGGGCAAGCUGACGAAUUAAAUUUUACGUCUCCUAUUCCCGAAACAACCCUUGGAGAACUGCUGACCACGCUCGUGUCGUCAACUGAAACGACAGAAACGUUGACAAAGGUAAGCCAGGACCUUUUUGAUGAAUGCGAAAAUGAUUCCAUCUCAACUUCGCCAUCCUCGUCAACCGCGUCCUCAGCUGCAACAACGGAGGUUGCGGAGAAUACAACUUCAAUCGCUCUUUCAUCUACCCAUCAAGAAAAAUCUUCAACCAUAUACACUCUGCCCCCAUCAACUGUAAGCACCGAGUCUUCAGCAGGCAUUACUGUCACUGUUGCAACCAACAUCAGUGAGGGAAGUGAGCCUAUCAAAACGUCGACUGUAAUGAGUAAACUUCUACGUGACGAUGAAGCGCUACAUCAGAAGUUAGCUUACGUGGCCUCUUCGGCAUCUGGAAAUCACGUGGGGGGCAUUUGUGUUUUCAAAGUCGGUAACAACGUUACUGACUGGUCAUAUUUCUACGAAAAUAUCCCUAUUGAGCUUCAGAGUGAUCACGCUAAUGGUGAUCACGAGCUGCGCGCCACUCUCGCCGCCAUACGUGCCUGGUCCUCGCGCUGGCAUGAUGCCCACGUGGUCAUACGGUCACCACACUCUGCCAUCAAGGAAUCAGAGCUGCCCCUUCGUCAGCGCAUCAUGGAUGAUAUCGAAUCUCGAUCAGCAGGAGUUUUUACCUACGAAUUGGAAUGGAGGCUCGCACAAAGUGACGCUCUUGUCAAAAUCUCCAGCAGCCUUGCCCAUCUCCACCAGGACUAUAAAUUCUGGUUCCAGGACUUUCAGAAUCGCGUUAACGAUAUGCUUGGAGUACAGCAAUGGGACAUCGUAUCCAUCGAAAAGCAUAUCAAAAUACCGCAAAAAGCCUUCUUUGAUGACGAAAACUUAGAUACCGACUCUAAACCAAACAUAGUGCCUUCAAAAAUUAGUAAUGCCACAGUAACUGAAAUUUCGGAAGCGUCCGGAUCGCCUACUCGUCAUCCAUUAUCCCACAAACUCGUCUACAUGGCAACUGCGGCAUCUGGUAACCAUGUUGGUGGAUUCUGUGUAUGGAAAUAUGAUAAGAACGUGACAGACUGGUCGUAUUUUUACGAUAACGUGCCCGUCGAGCUUCAAAGUAGCCACGAUUCAGAGGAUCACGAGGUGCGAGCAGCGCUCGCCGGUGUGCGCGUAUGGGCAGAUCGUUGGACCGAUGCCCACGUCAGUCUUCGUUCUCAAAGGUCGCCCCUUCUGCGCUCGCACACCGCCACUUUCUUCUUGCAAACUUUGGAUGCUCGCUCGACUUCGCAAUUCUCAUAUGACUUGGAGUGGCAGCUGCGUAAAUCGGAAGAUCUGAUGCGUGUAGCGUAUAGUCUUUCUCGUCUCUACCGCAACUUUGGUCAUUGGUUCACUGCUUUCAAAGUGAGCGUCGAUGCUGUCGUCGGUCCUCAAGAUUGGAAUAUUGCUGCCAAAGCCAAAAGAGUUCAUCUCAAUGAUGAACAUUUCUUUGUAGAUCCUGUUUUUCCUGAGGCCCAACCUUCAGAGAUGACCAAAAUCGAGUAGUAUAUUCAUUCUGUGAAACUGCAAAAUAUGAUCUCAUGGUCGUUUUUUCGGUCCAGAUUGAAUGUUCUAAGCAUUUAUUGAUAUGCUCUUGGUGCUGACUCCAGAGCAAUGUUAAUUGUGAUGUCAUAUUCUGCAAGAGCGAUAUGCAUGUUUGGAAAGCAUUGGAUAUGUUUCAUUAUGUGUUCAUAAAGCUAAUAAAGCUAAGGCUAAUAAUGGCUUAGAGUCUAGAAUUCUGCACAAGUUUAUGCAUCAGUCGCAAAACUUUAACAACUUUUUACUUUCCGCUUCGGGAAGAGAAGGUUCUGACCCAUUCGAUGACAUUUAUACAGCAAAAUUGGACCCCAGUGAUUAUUAUUAGAAGUCCUGUCAAACAUCGCUACUGGCAGCACUAACAAAUAUCGGAUCUCACUUUAUUAAGGGUAUUGCAAGAUAUCGAUGGUAUCGAUAUGCUUUAAGUAGGAAGUGUAAUUGUAGCGCUAGAAGUGCACUUAAAAAUUUACGUCCAAUAAUUCUAAUUUACCCGGACACAUGAGAUCGUUACAUACUGUGAUGUGGGUUGCUAUUAUUUAAUCGUUAUUAUUACCGCCUUUAAUUUUACAAUGAAUGUGGAGAGGCCAUCGUGUUCUCAAUUGUCCGAGGAGUCUGGGAUUAUACAUAUGUAAUUGUGUACGCUGCUCGUAAAUCAAAUUUCGUCUGGUAAAAAGUUAUGUCUGUUAAAAUUAAUAAGAAUGAUGUUUCUGGUGAUGUUCCACAAAAAUUACAACUUACCAGUAUUGAUAUUGUAUAAGGCACGUAACAACAUGCAAUUAUGUAGAAAAAUGUAUGAAGUAUUAGCUGUAUGAUUUGUAUGAUUUUGUGUUAAUGUGUUGAAGAUUCAGAGAGGCUGGUGUGCUGAUCCUGUUCAGGUGUUUGAGUCUCGCCUUCAUCGUAGCUCAUUCUAAUUUCGUGUUUGCUACAAUAUAAUUUUUUAAUCUUGGAUGUAUGGGACAAUUCAAGUUCUUGCAAAUAAGUGGAAGCAUCAAAACGGCUUUGGAAUGCUCUGCUGCUCUAUAACUUUGUGCCUCCUUAUAGGUUAUCUAGUAAUUCACUUAUCCCUGAUUCAAAUUAAAAAUACCUCGUCUGUGUUCUUAAGAAUGCGUGUGUUUCAUGUUUUCGACGUGAAACUAGUGUCGUUUAUGUGUUUUAAAUUUGAAUUAUAAAGUAGAAUUUAAAAUUCUACAUUUUACUGAAAUUCUAAUGGGGCUUCUUGCCGUCAGUAGGGUAAAUAUUUCACUAUUUCACCGAAACUUACGUUGAAAAAAAAAACUUCUGAGGAAGCUCGUUCCUCAUUUUGAGCUAGACGCCGUCGUGUGCGUAGCUCAUCUGAAACGCUGAGCUGGUGUAGUCGGUAUUGCAAAUUAACAUUCAACAUGCACAAUAUUUGGACAAAAUAUAGGACAUCUUUUUAAUUUAGAGUCUUCGUCCUUUACAGGCUUAAAUUUCUCGGUAUAAUUCACCUUGAUAAGAUACUCGAUUACUCUAUACCUGCUUUACUCGACAAGUACGAAGAGCGACCGGAAAAGGGAACUACAAGUGUGGUGGGCGAAGUUUAGGUAGUACCACAUUCUCCGUGUAUGUGCAUAUGCUCCUGACAUUCAUCAGCUAGUGUGCCAAGCAUUGCUCCCCUAUAAGGCCGCAUACCAUAAUCACAAAUUUAUUGGUGAUUCUUCUUUUGCGCGCUUGUCGUUUUUGGAUGGAAUAGAAUAGAAGUGUCGGCCCAUGGCCUGUUGUUGA